AUGACAGGUAUCCCUCAUGAUUUUUUUGUUCAAGAGACUCAAAGAUUAGGUUUUGUUUUGCCUCCUCAAGGUCAAUAUGCUGUUGGCAAUGUCUUUUUUAAACCUGAACCUGCUGUCAUGGAGGAAAGUAAACAAAUCUUUGAACAAAUCGCUGAUUCUUUAAAUCUGAAGGUUUUGGGUUGGCGUGAAGUCCCAAAAGAUAAUUCUAUCUUAGGUCCUGCUGCUAUAUCACGUGAACCCAUCAUUUUUCAACCUUUUCUCACUUUAACAAGUCAUUUCAACACAUCCUUAAAUCAAAAUGCUCUUGAAAAUGUUAACGAUGUUGAAAUCAACAGCAUUAAUAAUUUUGACGAUAGUUAUUUUGCUCGUCAGCUUUAUAUUCUACGAAAACAAGCUACUCAUACAAUCACUGUCAAAAAAUGGUUUUACAUUUGUUCACUUUCAAACAAAAAUAUUGUUUACAAAGGUCAAUUGUCUCCUGUUCAAGUUUACAAUUAUUUUUACGAUUUGAGAAAUGUCUCUUACAAAACUCAUUUAGCUUUGGUUCAUUCCCGUUUCUCAACAAACACCUUUCCUUCUUGGGACAGGGCUCAACCUAUGAGAUGGUGUGCUCAUAAUGGUGAAAUUAACACCUUACGUGGUAAUAAAAAUUGGAUGAGAGCUCGUGAGGGUAUAAUGAAAUCUGAUUUAUUCGGUCAAGAAUUGGAUUUAUUGUAUCCUAUAAUAGAAGAUGGUGGUUCUGAUUCUGCUGCUUUUGAUAAUGUCUUGGAAUUAUUGGUUAUAAAUGGUGUUUUAACUCUACCUGAAGCUGUUAUGAUGAUGAUUCCUGAAGCUUGGCAAAAUAAUCAUUCAAUGGAACCUGAAAAAAAGGGCCUUUUAUCAAUGGGCUGCCUAUAUUGUGGUGCUAGUUUGGACCGUAAUGGUCUAAGACCAUGUAGAUUUUAUUUAACAAAUGAUGAUUUAAUGAUAUGUGCAUCUGAGGUUGGAACCAUGUUUAUUGAUCCUGGAAGCAUCAUUCAAAAAGGUCGUUUACAACCUGGCAAAAUGUUGUUGGUUGAUACUGAUGAAGGUCGUAUAGUUGAUGACAAAGAACUAAAAUUAUCUGUUGCUAGCAGAGAAAAUUUUAAAUCUUGGAUUGAUAAUCAAAUGAUUACUCUGGAUCAUAUAACUUCUCUAUAG